UUUCUCAUUUAUUUAUUUUUUUUCAAUGUCAUGUCUACAUAUCACUUAAGCGUUUCCCACUUUGGGAAAUACCGCUUUGAGUUUUAAAUUCACAAAAGGAAAAUGUUUGUUGAAAUCUAAUAGGCUUCAUCCCAUUUCUUUCAAGAACUGAGUACAUUAUUUGCUAACUGCACUCAAAAACUUUUUGCACAUUUUUUCUCAUUACUUGUGCACAGCUUUUGACCAACUACCAGAGAAAGUUUCGGAUACAGCACUCGUUCCUAUGGAUCACAAAAUGUGGCCUCUGAAUGGGACUUUAGACGUCACCUAUUCCAAAUCUUGACACAUCUCCAUUUUCCCAAAAAGAGAUUUGGGGUUCGAGGCCGAAGGCGACUUGCCCAAGGCCACAGAGUGGUCUAAUGUUUCGGUUUCUGCAGCCCAGAGCACAAGCUAUCUGUACCUCAAGAGGCUCGGUGAAACGUUGCCUGGCCUGCCUAAGGCCAAACUUCUCACCUCCACUGUGUUGUCCGCAGUUGCCAUGGCAGCGGCUCAUUGUUCCCGCCUCGUCUAGUGACGUCACUGGACCAGUGCCCAAUAGGAAAGCAGCUCGGCGUCACGCCCCGCCUUUCCAGGGCGGCACCACCUUGGCGGUUAGGAGAAGGGUCGCGGGUGCGGGGGAGGCAGGCUCGGGUCGCGGCUGCGGCGAGUUACACCGUUUCCGAUCUGUCACCGUCGGCCGCCGCCCGAGACGGAGCCAGAAUGUUCAGGAUGCCGGGCAGCAGCUUUGAGGAUGAUCCUUUCUUCUCUGAUUCUUUUCUUGCACACCAAGAAAGUGUGAGACGGAUGAUGAGAAGUUUUUCUGAACCUUUUGGAGGAGACUUGCUCAGUAUCUCUGAUGGUCGAGGGAGAGCUCAUAAUCAUACAAGACAUGAUAAUGGUGAAAAUUCCUUGACUCAUACAGAUGUCAGCCCUUUUCAGGCAAUGGAUCGAAUGAUGUUAAAUAUGCGAAACAGUAUGCAGGAAUUACAAAGAAACUUUGGUCAACUUUCAAUGGAUCCAGAUGGACAUUCAUUUUGUUCCUCUUCAGUUAUGACUUAUUCCAAAGUAGGGGAUGAACCACCAAAGGUUUUUCAGGCCUCAACUCAAACCCGUAGGGCUCCAGGAGGAAUAAAGGAAACCAGGAGAGCAAUGAGAGAUUCUGACAGUGGAGUAGAAAAAAUGGCUGUUGGUCACCAUAUCCGUGACCGAGCUCAUGUCAUUAAAAAGUCAAAGAACAAGAAGACUGGAGAUGAAGAGGUUGAUCAAGAGUUCAUAAAUAUGAAUGAAAGUGAUGCACAUGCUUUUGAUGAUGAGUGGCAAAAUGAGGUUUUGAAGUACAAACCAGGGGGACGAUGGCGGAAUCUAGAAAAUACUAGAAUGAGAAGUGUUGGUCAUGAUUCAGGAUCCCGGGAACUUAAAAGAAGGGAGAAAUCUCACCAAAGUCCAGCUAUUGAAAGUGGAAGAAAAUCAAACAUUUUUGUGGACAAACUCAACGUCAAAGGAUCACCUGUGAAAAUCAACAAAAAAUAAAUAGCCAUGCAUUUGAUUUGUUUGGUGUGGGUUGUUUUAACAGAGAAAGUAAUGGUGCUGGGUAAUACACAUAAGACCAAUCUCUUGUUAAAUCAAUACUGUACUUUGUAACUUUCUUCUGAUAUCUGAAUGUUCUCGGAAGUGCUAACUUUAUAUUGUUCCUAAUUUAAGAAUAAAAUUUUGAUUUUCACCAAUGUGA